UGCUGGAUGAAUUUGAAUUUUGUUCAUUUGGAGCUAAAACUGACAGGGCAGCUCUGCACUCGUAGCUGGAAGGUUUCAGGGGACGGUCAUUGAGUGCAGCUGCAGCAGUCAUGGCUGCUGGCUUCAUAAUUCCAAGGAUAUUGCUGCUUUGUCUAGUAAAAGAGGUGACUUGUGCCUCCAGUUUACAAGCAGCAAACGCCAGGUACAAAAUGCAGCUGGACAGAGGACCAAACCAGGAUGCACAUGGUUUCCGUCGCCCUCUUCAUUAUGUCCGCUCUCUGAGGCUGCCGAAGAUUAACCCAGAGUCUUUAAAUCAGCUUGGUAAAGGGCAAACCUUCCAAAAGACUCUUCUCAAAGAUUUGAGCAUUGGCCUAACUCCAAGGCAGUCAGUUGGUCACCGUUGGUCGCAGUUAUCUCCAAUCCAACCUUCACCACAGAGAAUCGACCCUUUGCCACGGCCUAGAGGAUUUGAGGUCAGCCUGGAUUUUCCUUUUUUAAGUCCAAACCAAAUGAAAACCUCAGGCAGUAGAGUUGAAGACUUGACUGACGCUAAACUUAAAAGCAAGUCAAGUGUCUAUUUUACUGUUCCUCAGUUUGGAAAGAAAAAUGAUGAUGGUUCAGCUUCAGGCCUCCAUGUCAACCUUACCUUUACCCCAGCUGUAUCGAUGAAGCCAUUAAAAAUAAGCGGUCCUGAUGAAAAGCCAAAAGACCCUAAAAAUGUUCCUCUGACCAGUUACGGGGAACCAGGAAAAUGGCUGAGCACCAUUCAGACUGGAUUGAAAUGGCCCUCUCUCAGCCAGACAACAGCUGAAGAAACAAAGAAACAUGGUUCAACAUGGUCUUAUCCUGAUACUGGAUCCAAGCAAACUUUGCACCAGCCAUAUGUGUCAAUUUAUACACGACCUAAUCAAGGCAAACUUGCCUCCAAUACUGAGCCACUAAACUAUAAACGUCCUCAAAUUAAACUGGAGAAACCUCUGAGCCAGGAUGUAGGAGCUCAAAGACCAGAUUCAACUAAUCCUCCAUCGCUGUCCAUUGUCAAAUAUAUUGAAAAUUUGGAUUUCUUCAAGAGCCCCACAAGAAAGGACAAUCAAAUUGUUCCACCUUCUUGUUGGAUCAUCCCGCCCCUUGGAGAGGGACGAGAGCACAUCUAUCCAGCCAAAACCAUCUCGAGCUGA